GUUACCUAUCACUUUUGUGUUGUUUUUAAAACUUUAUAAAUUAAUUUGAAAAAGAAUAUGGUCUCUAACGAGGUUGAGGCUAUGGACGUCGACGUCCCGUCGACGAAUACGGGAAAUGCCGACAUGCAACAAAAACCCUCGUUGAAAAACACGAACGUUCCCUGGAUUGAAAAGUAUCGACCGCAGGUGUUCACUGACAUUGUAGGCAACGAGGACACGGUCGAGCGAUUGUCCGUGUUCGCACAGCACGGCAAUGCACCAAACCUCAUCAUUGCCGGCCCACCCGGGGUUGGCAAGACUACGACGAUACUAUGCUUUGCCAGGAUACUUCUGGGACCUUCUUUCAGGGACGCAGUCUUGGAGCUCAAUGCUUCCAACGAGAGGGGCAUCGAUGUCGUGAGAAACAAAAUCAAAAUGUUUGCCCAAAAAAAGGUAAAUCUAGCUCCAGGGAAACACAAAAUUAUCAUUCUGGAUGAAGCUGACAGUAUGACAGAGGGUGCCCAACAGGCACUGCGUCGUACUAUGGAAAUAUACAGUAACACAACACGGUUUGCCUUGGCUUGCAAUAACAGCGAAAAAAUCAUUGAGCCCAUACAGUCCAGGUGUGCCAUGAUUCGUUAUGGAAAACUCACAGAUGCUCAAGUACUUGCCAAGGUCUUGGAUGUUUGUAAGAAAGAAAAUGUUUCAUACACAGAUGAUGGAUUAGAAGCCAUUGUUUUCACAGCACAAGGAGACAUGAGGCAAGCUCUCAAUAAUCUUCAGUCAACAGUGAAUGGCUUCAACCAUGUUAACAGUGAAAAUGUAUUUAAAGUAUGUGACGAGCCUCAUCCACUGCUUGUGAAAAGUAUGCUCGAUACUUGCCUUAAAAUUGAUAUUUGUAAGGCUUAUGGGAUAUUAAAACACUUGUGGGACAUGGGAUAUUCACCUGAAGAUAUUAUAAGUAAUAUUUUCAGAGUUUCAAAGAACUUAGACAUUGAUGAAUAUUUAAAACUUGAGUUCAUUAAGGAAAUCGGACUUACACAUAUGGGAAUUGUCAAUGGAGUCAACAGUCUUUUACAAUUGAAUAGUUUAAUUGCCAGAUUGUGUCUUACUGCAAAAAGUGCUGCUAAAUAAGUGGAAAAAAUAUCCUCUUAAAGAGUCUCUUUCUGUUAACAUUUUGCUAUUUUUAUACUAUUAUAAUUAUAAUAAAUUGAUUAAAAUCUU